AUGGUAGCUUCUGCCAGAGUGACCCAGGCGGAAGUGUUUCUUUUCCCGGGAAAGCCUGGGACGCUCUGGGUUUCCCUCGGUGCCGAGCCUAUGCAAAGCCUGCCCUUACGGAAUAUCCUGGAACACUACCCUCACCGCUCCCACAACCAGCAGUAUCCUGAAUGCUUGCUUAGCACCAUCCCAGAUGUCAAGGUUCUAGGGCAAACGUCACGAGGCCGAGCACGCCCCAAUCGUAGGCCACCUCAUGGUUUCCAAGAGGGAUUGGAGACGUAUAAAAGGUGUGCAGUCUCAGAGCAUCCCCAGAGCCUCAGCAUCUCCACGUUCCAGCCACUGGUGAUCUCGGGUAAGUCGGACAAAGGAACGCCUCUCCUGGGAGCCUGGCUCUACCUGGUCCCAAACUGUUCGGGCAGCUGGGGCUGGAGCACUGGCUGGCUGGUCAGAAAGAAAGGCCUCGUGUGGGCACCUUUGUCCUCCGUAUCAUUUGGGACCCGCCUCUCUUGGGCUGCAAGUCCACAUCUGAAUGCACAUCCAGACCAGAAUGUAUCAUCAACAGCAGAAGCUGUGCUGCCCCCUACCAAAGUAUUGCUGCCCACCAUCCCAGCAAUUCUGCCCCCCACCAAAGUAUUGCUGUCCCGCACCCCAGCAGUGCUGCCCACUACCAAAGUAUUGCUGUCCCGCAAACCAGCAGUACUGUCCCCCUCUCCAGUUCUACUGCCCCCCACCAAAGCGGUGCUAGACCCCCCUCAGAACGCCAAGCAGCCUUGCCAGCCUCCACCUACGUGCAAGGUGACACUGUGUCCCGAAGUUCCAGCAGAAGUGCCCACGCCCUCCGCAAUGCCUGGUGUCCAAGCAGAAGUCCUCCCUGGCCAUGGGUUCUGAGGCCAAGCUUCCUGGAGAGCAGAGACCAUGAAGCCCAUUGUCCUCUCUCAGCCAGCCAGCUGUCAGCGCCAGUCUCGCCCGGCUUCUGGAGGCAGCCACACUUCGGGAAAUCAGCACCAGGUUGGCGGUUCUCUGGAUCAAGAUUUCGUAUUAAUUAGCAGCUGCAAGUUCCAUCUCAGAAAAGGAUCUCUUUCUAAACCAUCUAAUCUUCUCUGCUGCCUUGUAUCGACUUUGCCCUGUCGGCUUCUUGGGAACUUAAGCAGCGUGGUGGGACAUGCGUUCCUAGCACCCUUUGUUUCUACUCUAGUUUUCCCAACUAUUACACACAAUUGCUUUGGCAUGAAUGUGUCUGUGGAU